AGGGUGUUCAAAAUAAACCUUUAAGUCCUGGGUUCAAACCUAAGGGACAACAUAUUUUUUAAAGUUUAGGCUCUUAUUAUUUUUUCCAUUUAAUUUCAGGCUCUUAUUAUUUUUUUCCAUUUAAUUUCUGAUAAGCAGACGACGCCGUUUAGGGACUUCAAUUUUUUUGUUUUUGUUUUUUAAAACGUGGUGGAAUAGGGAUUUUAAAUCCCAAAGGUCAAAAUUAGUUCGCACUUCCCAAAACCUUGUUUCCACGGUUCCACCAACACUUGGGAAUAACAAUUCUCAAUUUACCAAGCACCGCCAGCCACCGGAUCACCGCCGCUGGUCGGAAUUUUUUUCCAACUACAGUAGCUAAUAGCUUUCUCCGGUGACUGAUUCAAGAGUCAAUGAAGAAGUAUUUCACCAAGGUAUCAAAUUCAAGUUCGAGCUAUCAUAGUCAACCAAAUCGGGAAGAAAAUGUGAAUCAUUUAGUAGCACCACCGCAAUUUUCUCAAGAGUUCAAUUUAAGUUCAUUAGAGGUCGAUCCAGGUGAGAGAACUUAAAUCUUGGAAUUUCAUCCAAAUCAUCGUGAUGCUAUUAGAAGAGAUUAUCUUCAGAAACGUCCUUGUCUACCUCAAUUGAAAGUUUUUCCACAAACAUUGAUUUCUGGAGAUAUGCGUCGUUUAAAUCGUGAUUGGUAUGUUGAAUUUCCUGAUUGGUUAGAAUAUAGUGUAAGUAAAGAUGUGGCCUAUUAUUUGUACUGUUAUUUAUUUAAGGGAAAUAACAAUCGUUAAGGUGGAGGUGAUGUAUGGUCUGGUUUGGGGUUUAGGAAUUGGAACAAAAAGGAUAGUUUGACAAAACAUAUUGGUGGGCCAAAUAGCAUCCAUGGUCAAUCAAAAAGAAAAUGUGAAGAUCUAAUGCGACAACAACAAUCUAUUCAUGCUGCAUUUGAUAAGCAACUUAAUCAAGAUAAGCAUAGAUAUGAGAUCCGCUUAGCAGCUUCAAUUCGUGUAGUGAGACUUCUUGUGACACAAGGAUUGACAUUUCGGGGUCAUGAUGAAUCUAAAGCAUCACUUAACAGAGUUGCCACUGCAUCCGUUGAAAGAGCUUUUUCGGCAAUGAAGUUUAUUAAGAAUGAGUUGCGGAGUCGAAUGAAUGAUGAAUUCUUGAGCGGUUGCAUGAUUCCUUUUGGGGAAAAAGAUGUAUUUAAUGAUGUUUCAACUGAUGAUAUUAUUUUGACUUUUCAAGCAAUGAAACCUCGUCGAGUAGUGCUAUAAAUGUACUCGAGAAGUAUUAGUAGAGAUCCCUUUUUGUAGUUUGUACUUAACACCCUAAUUCUAGAUUGAUACAUUGUAAAGGGCUAACUUUCUGCACUAUUGUAGUUACUACCUUCCUAUUCCUGUUAGUUUGAGAUCCUUUGUAAUGGAACUAACUCUUUGUACCUAUGUAUUAUUACAUUCU